ACUCCGUAUUGUAGUAUUCUCAGAGGGAGGAAUUAGAAACAAAGUACACUCUCUUCGCUACAGCAUCAGUAUCAGCCUGCACUCUGUCGGUCCGAAGCCUGCAUAUAUAUUGGCACCUCAAAGCCAACAUAUCCUCGCACACACCUCCUUUCAUUCUGAGCAUCGAUCCUCCUUGGAAGCCCCGCCUCCAAAUCCAACAAAGGGAAAAUGAGAGAGAUCCUUCAUGUUCAAGGUGGACAGUGCGGUAACCAGAUUGGUUCCAAGUUUUGGGAGGUUGUGUGCGAUGAGCAUGGCAUAGAUCCAACAGGAAGGUACACUGGUAACUCAGAUCUGCAGUUGGAGCGGGUCAAUGUCUACUACAAUGAGGCUUCUUGUGGGAGGUUUGUUCCUCGUGCAGUGCUCAUGGAUUUGGAGCCUGGCACUAUGGACAGUGUUAGGACUGGUCCUUAUGGGCAGAUCUUCAGGCCUGAUAACUUUGUCUUUGGACAGUCUGGUGCUGGAAAUAACUGGGCUAAGGGUCACUACACUGAAGGAGCAGAGCUCAUUGAUGCAGUUCUUGAUGUUGUGAGGAAGGAAGCUGAGAACUGUGAUUGCCUGCAAGGUUUCCAGGUUUGCCACUCAUUGGGUGGAGGAACUGGCUCUGGGAUGGGUACCUUGCUCAUAUCUAAAAUUAGAGAGGAGUACCCUGACAGGAUGAUGCUGACAUUCUCUGUCUUCCCCUCACCCAAGGUGUCAGAUACUGUUGUGGAGCCAUACAAUGCCACACUUUCUGUUCAUCAGCUUGUUGAGAAUGCUGAUGAGUGCAUGGUGCUUGAUAAUGAGGCUUUAUACGAUAUCUGCUUCAGGACUCUUAAGCUGACCACUCCAAGCUUUGGCGAUUUGAACCACUUGAUCUCUGCAACUAUGAGUGGAGUUACUUGCUGUCUGAGGUUCCCUGGUCAACUCAACUCUGAUCUCCGGAAGCUUGCUGUUAACUUGAUUCCAUUCCCUCGUCUCCACUUUUUCAUGGUAGGGUUUGCUCCUCUGACCUCCCGUGGAUCCCAGCAGUACCGUGCCCUGACAGUCCCAGAACUGACCCAGCAAAUGUGGGAUGCAAAGAAUAUGAUGUGUGCUGCAGACCCAAGGCAUGGUCGUUACCUCACUGCUUCAGCCAUGUUCAGGGGCAAGAUGAGCACCAAGGAAGUGGAUGAGCAAAUGAUCAAUGUCCAAAACAAGAACUCUUCCUACUUUGUGGAGUGGAUUCCAAACAAUGUCAAAUCCAGUGUCUGUGACAUUCCACCAAAAGGGCUCUCAAUGGCAUCCACUUUUGUUGGGAACUCAACCUCCAUCCAGGAAAUGUUUAGGAGAGUGAGUGAACAAUUCACUGCCAUGUUUAGGAGAAAAGCGUUCUUGCACUGGUAUACCGGUGAGGGUAUGGAUGAAAUGGAGUUCACAGAAGCUGAGAGCAACAUGAAUGAUCUCGUGUCAGAGUAUCAGCAAUACCAGGAUGCUACUGCUGAUGAGGAAGGUGAGUACGAGGACGAGGAAGAGGAAGGGAUGGAGCACGUGUGAAGAGAGUAAGAUGAAACACAAAGUUACUAUGUUAUGAUGCUUGCAUAUUUUAAUAUUUCCACCUGGUAUGUGAGUGAAGAACCCUUCUCUAUGAAAAAUGGUAAGAUGCGGAGAGAGAUUAUAGGAGUGGGAAUGUUUAGGUAUGUGUUUGAAAAUAUCUGUUUGAUUUGGUCCUUGUUUACAUCUUUUGCAGACCGUAUCUCAUAUUUGGAUUCAUGGUAAUGUGCUCUGAUAUAUGUGUUUGUUGUACAUCUUGUCUGUUGCUAGUAUUUGUCCAGUUUUUUCCG